UCAUAUCCUCUCAAUAGCUUCACUUUCCACAUGUCCCAGGCCGCCGAAGAAAGAGCUCCUUACGAAAGCAGUGAGGAUAAAGAAAAGUCCCGUAAGAGGCCUUUCAGGCCAGAGAUUAAUGAAGAACCCCAGAAUGCUACUCAUAAGACAGGGAAAAAUACAUGUAGUUGGGGCUUUUGAUUUGGGUUCAGAGACAUUCUGUGAAAUGCCUUUUCCAGAUUCUUUACUCGAUGGCACGCGCUUCAAUGCUUUAGGAGUUUUGGGUAGAAAGCUAUGUGUGAUGUCGUGGGUGGUCACGAAUAGCGUAUAUGAGGUGUGGGUGAUGGAGGAUUAUGGGGUGGCUGAAUCAUGGGUCAAACGCCAUGUCUUUUCGCAGUUUAGUGUUGCAGGUUCCUUUGGAUUCACGUUACAUGAUGAGUUUCUUGUUGAAGAUAAUGAAGAUCGUUUUGUUUUGUAUGAUCCAAAUGCAAACAAGACUAAAAUGUUCAAGGAAUUUGAUUAUGAUAUAAAUCCUUAUCGCGCAGAUAAAGUUGUCAAUUAUGUUGACAGUCUUGUUUGGGUAGCACCGGUCAAGCAUGAGACGGUGGAUGGCGCAGGACCAAGUUGA